AUGAGGUAUGUGAGACCACUGAGCUUGUUCCGUGAAUUGUUGAAGACAAAUGUAAUCAAGAAAGGGAGGUUGCUUGGAUUGGAUGUUGGUGACAAGUAUGUUGGUUUAGCUGUGUCUGACCCACUUAAUAAAAUCGCUACCCCUUUAAGUGUUUUAUUAAGGAAGAAAACUAAUAUUGAAUUGAUGGCUACUGAUUUCCAAAGUUUGAUUUCUGAACUUUCCUUGGAGGGUUUCAUUGUUGGCUACCCUUUUGACAGGCAACGAUGUGCUCCUGAUGCUGUGAAGAUGAAGCUUUUUGUUGAUGACCUAUGUAACACAGAGAAACUUGAAGGUUUAAAAUUCACAUAUUGGGAUGAGUCUUUUACGUCAAAGAAUGUGGAAUUACUAGUAAAGCCUUUGGGUUUGCAUCCAGUUCAUGCUAAAUCUAUAAUGGACAAGUUCGCUGCGGUUGGAAUACUUCAGGGGUACCUGGAUUAUGUGAACAAGAAGGUGAGGUUGGAUUCUGCAGAACAGGGUGUUUCAAGUCAAUGUAAGUGA